CUACCACUGUGGAUGGAUCAAGAUUGUUUUUGGUGGGGAGAGAAGCAGCAAGCUGCAUUCGACCAACUAAAAAUCGCCCUCACGUCUCCGCCCGUCCUUCGCAUCUCCGAUCCUGACCGUCCAUACAAAGUUAUCACCGAUGUCAGCGACAUCGCCAUUGGCGCAGUUUUCCUACAGGAUUUCGGCGACGGAUUACAACCGGUCGCCUACGAAUCACGAAAGCUGCAGGGCGCGGAAAUUAACUAUACGGUACACGACAAGGAAAUGCUGGCGAUCGUCCACGCGUUCAAGACCUGGCGGUGCUACCUGACAGGCGCUGACGUCACGGUGGUGACCGACCACAAAUCCCUCCAGUACCUGCGAGCCCAACCGAAUCUCAACCCGCGACAGAUCCGAUGGCUCGAUUUCCUCGAGUCAAAUUUCCCUUACACCAUCACCUACAAACGGGGCGCCAACAAUAUUGCCGAUGCCCUUACUCGACCUACUACCCAUACCGCCGCCAUAAUAUGAAGAGUUCUUAACUGUGUCGAACGGAUGUA